UCUAGUCUUUAGUUGUGUCCAGUCAACUAUGGCUGUGAGUGCAGACCCAAAGAUUGUUAUAGUGGGAUGCGGGAUAUCAGGUAUAAUAGCAGCACACAGGCUCAUCAAUGCUGGAUUUCAUCAUGUGCGGAUACUUGAAGCGUCUGUGAGAAGUGGAGGAAGAAUAAAGACAGGAAGACUGGGUAAUUACAUUACAGACAUUGGUGCAGGUUAUAUCCAUGGUCCAUCUGAGGAGAACCCAGUGUUUUGCUUGGCUCGUGACUAUGGCCUCCUGGAUCCAGAGGCCCUCACUCAGGAGAGCCAGACCAUGGUUGUGAAUGAAGACCCUCCACGCGCACUCAACUGGUUCAGCAGCUCAGGUCAGAAGCUGAGUGCUAAACACAUGAGUCCUGCUGUGGAGAUGUUUGGUGAACUAAAGAGUGACAUGUCCCAAAUGAAGACUCAGGAAGGAGCAGAAGAAAGCCAGUGGGUCAGCGAGGGGCAUUUCAUACGAUCAGAGGCACUUCUGCGAGCAGGUGAGAGGUGGAAGGAUAAAACCACCAGGGAGCUGCUGCUGUGUGCCAUCAGUACAUUGUUGAAGAAAGAGUGCUGUGAACAAGGGACUCAUACCAUGGAUGAUGUAGACCUGGCAGGAUUUACUAUGUUCAAGUAUCUACCUGGACUUGACUGCACAUUGCCAAGUGGUUUUGAAGGCCUCAUCGAGAACUUGAUGUCUGAGCUCCCCAGUGGCGUUGUGUCUUACAAUCGUCCUGUGACCUGUGUCCACUGGAACAACAUGAGCAGCGAAGCAAACACAGUGAAGGUCGAGUGUGACGAUGGGGAAAUGAUAGCUGCUGAUCAUGUUAUCGUCACCGUACCCCUAGGAUACCUUAAGAGACACCAUUCAACCCUGUUCUCUCCUCCUCUGCCGCCUCACAAGCUGAAGUCCAUCGGGAAAGUAGGAUUUGGAACAUGCAACAAAAUGUAUGUGGAAUUUGAAUCACCGUGGUGGGAUAGUCACUGUGAGGUCAUCUACCUGCUGUGGAAAGAUGAGUGGGAUCUUUCGGUCCAGAAGUCUGAUAUUAGCAAAUCAUGGAUGCGAAAGAUCGGCGGGUUCAUCGUGCUCCCACCCUCUGAAAGGAAUAGUCACAUUCUCUGUGGCUGGAUUGCUGGGCAUGAGGCAGAGUAUAUGGAGACACUGACGGAGCGGGAGGUUAGACGUUCCAUCACUGAGCUUGUCUGUACAUUCACAGGAAACCCUGCUAUCUCACCGAAGAGAAUCUUGCGUACCCAGUGGUUUCAUGAGCCAUGGACUUGUGGGUCUUACAGUUAUCCAAAAAUAGGAUGUUCAACACAGGACAGGGAGAACAUAAUGGAGCCCCUGCCAGGGAAGGGAUCACAGUCGCAGCCCCUGCAGGUGUUGUUUGCUGGAGAAGCGACUCAUCCCUCCCACUAUGGCACUGUCCAUGGAGCUGUCUUCAGUGGGUGGAGAGAAGCUGAUCAGCUCAUCUCUCACUACUCCCCCAUCGCUCAAACAAAUCAAAACACGUAAAGAUGGUCCUACUGCUAGGUGCUUAAAAUAUGGUGUAUUUAAAAGACCUGGAGGUACUUGUGUAAAAUGUGUUUUUUUUUUUUUAUCCAUCCAUCUUCUACCUCUUUAUCCUCCACAUGAGGGAGGUGCUGUGUGAAUCUCAGCUGACUUAGGGUGAAAGGUGGUGUACACCCUGGUUGUCAGUCCAUCCCAGGGACACUUAUAGAGACAAACAAACAUCCACUCUCACACUCACUCAUGGUGUCCAAUUUGCCUAAUCCCCAAAUCUGCAUGUUUUGGACUGUGGGAGGACACAAUUCAAUACAAAUCCAUAGAAUUCCAUGUUCAUAGAGUUGACAAAGAUCUCUGAAUUGGUGUCUUUAUAUUCUAAAUCCGUGGAAUAAAUUGCUGUGCACAUAACAAGAAAUGUAUCACUUUAUUAUUAAUUAUUCAAUUAAUUAAAGAUUAUACUUAAAACAAAACAGUAAUAAUGUUCCAAUUAUGAAGCAAAGCAACACUGAGUGAUUUGAUGAGGUGUAUGCACAGCAGGUCAUAGCAAUUCACUGUUGGAAGGAACUUGAAGAAAACAUUUAAAGAUUU